AUGGCUGACCGCCAGACACUCAUGGAGACCAACCGGUCGAUCCGGACCAUCAAGAACGAACUCGAGAACCUCCUCGAAAAGGGUGUCAUCGACGACGAUGCCUACGAGAACAUUCACUCCAUGCUCCCCGCCGAAGCCCCCCUUCGAGGCGGCGGCGGCAGCGCGCCCGCCCGCGCAACACCUUCCCAGGCUGCAAGCCCCGCGGCACCACCUCCGACCGAGGCCAUGGCCAACAUGAACAUCGGCACCCAGCAGCAGCAGCAGCAGCAGCAGCAGCAGCAGCAGCAGCAGCAGCAGCAGCAGAGGGCGAGCCCUUCGCCGGCGCCUCCCUCCUACGCCAACUCGACGGGCGGCGCCGCUGCCCCUCCGCCCGGCCCCCCGCCUCCCCCGUCCAAGCCCAUCCUCGCCCACGCCCGCGCUCUCUACCGCUACCAGGCGGCCGACUCGCGCGACCUCUCGUUCGAGCGCGACGACAAGAUUGCCGUGCACGAGUACAUGAACGCCGACUGGUGGAUGGGCCGCAACUCUCGCACCGGCGCCGAGGGCAUCUUCCCCAAGACGUACGUCGCCGUCGAGGCCGCGCCGCCGCCGCCGCAAGACCGCGCCGCCUACGCCGCGCCCCAGCAGCCGGGCUACCACAACCAGCCGCCGACGCAGCAGCUCUGGCCGCCGCCCCAGCAGCACCAGUACGCGCCGCCCCAGCCGCAGUACGGCCAGCCCGCGGGCCCGCCGCCCCAGCAGAACCCCUACAACUCGGACACGCCGCCGUCGGCCGUUGCCAACCAGCAGAGCGCGCCGGCAGACGGGCAGCACAAGGACGGCGCCGGCAAGGCGAAGGAGUAUGGUGAGAAGUUUGGCAAGAAGCUUGGCAAUGCGGCCAUUUUUGGUGCGGGUGCCACGCUCGGUGGCAACCUUGUCAACAGCAUCUUCUGA